CUUUCCCCCAUGGAAAGGACUAUCAUACAAGGAAUCAAACGGCUACGCGUUCUUACUCCCUAUGAUUAUGAUAAUAUGGAUGAGCUUGUUCAAGAUUUGAGCAAUGCUCUAGAGGAAACUUCUUACAGUAGAGUAUCUCCAAAUAAAUCUAAGAAAGGAAGAAUAUGGAAGAGACGAUCAAAAUCUACUGGUAAUUUAAUUGCAUUAGGAAGCAGUUUACCAAAAUCGAGUGCAGUUAGUGAAGAUUCAGAAUCUAGUUUAGAUGACAGAAUCAGAUGGAAGAUGGAAAUCACAGCUAAUGGUACUCAACCACAUAGUGAUUCAGAUGACAUACCACCAAGACAGCAACUUACAGCUUGGAGACAUUGUGUGGCAAAUAUGGUGGAAUCAGAUUCUGUUAAUGAAAAUUUUCUUCCUUCAAGACCACAUCGACGAAAAAGAAAAUUCAAAAGAAUGGCUGUUGAUCCUCAACCUAUAUCAUGCAGUGAAGUAAUUCCAUCCAGUGCUAUUACUUGUUCUAUUCAAAAAACAAAGAAGGUGAGAAGUUUGAGAGCUCUUAAGAAUAAAGCAAAAUUGCUGAAAGCUUGUGAUGCUGAUACAGAAAAUAUGUGUGGAGACAACUAUAUAGAUAUUGAACCAUUGGGAUUGUGUGGAAAAAGGAAACGAAGUAUGCGCGAGAGAAGUAUUGAAUGUGCAGGUUAUGGUGAUAAACAUAACUUCAGAAUGAGUGGAAAAUUUCUAGUCAAUUCACCAGUUAGUACUCCUUUUUUUUGUGAUGACGGUUGCUCCAGUUGGCAUAAUAAACAUCAGUUGAUGGAAUAUGAAGAUCCAGAAGGAAAUAAAACACGAUUGACUAUCAUACAAGGAAUCAAACGGCUACGCGUUCUUACUCCCUAUGAUUAUGAUAAUAUGGAUGAGCUUGUUCAAGAUUUGAGCAAUGCUCUAGAGGAAACUUCUUACAGUAGAGUAUCUCCAAAUAAAUCUAAGAAAGGAAGAAUAUGGAAGAGACGAUCAAAAUCUACUGGUAAUUUAAUUGCAUUAGGAAGCAGUUUACCAAAAUCGAGUGCAAUUAAUUUUAUUAAUUUAUUGAACACAGCUGAUGAUGAACAAAGUGAUUUUUUCCAUGAAUCGGGUCCUGCUACUGGAAUGUCUGGUAUAGAUCCUUGGUGGGAAGAUGAGAAAUUUAUUACUGUUGAUAGUCAUGAAAUGGAUUCUAAAUUUCAAGCAAUUUUAUCAGGAAGUUUUGAACAUUUAUCUGAAGCAGCUAAGCAUGCUUAUCAUGCUAAAUUAAGUCAUUUAACUGGAAGGGUAAGUUUAUUAUGUAAGUAAGUAAUAACUAUAUAA